AUGCGGCCAUCCAGCCGGGACGAAUUCGCGAUCGCGAUCAUCUGCGCUCUGACCCUCGAGGCGGAGGCGGUUGAAGGGCUCUUCGACGAAACCUACGACCGGUUGAGUGCGUUCUACAAGAAACAACCAGGAGAUGACAACGCAUACUUUAAUGGGAGGAUCGGGUCCCAUAAUGUGGUUCUAUGCCUUAUGCCACGGAUAGGGAAAGGGCAUGCUGCCAGCGUCGCAGCAAGCCUGAAAAUCAGCUAUCGGAGGAUACAAGUAGCACUGGUUGUUGGUAUUUGUGGCGGUGCCCCGUAUUCGCCGACCAAGGAAGAGAUCUUUCUGGGUGACGUGAUUAUCAGCGACGCGGUGAUUGAGUAUGACUUUGGCAGGCAAUACCGAUUUGGAUUUAUGCGGAAGGCCGGCGUGAAAGAUACGCUUGGGAGACCAAAUCGAGAGAUCCAGUCUCUGCUGGCAGGACUUCAGCCGCAACAGUCUCGCAGGGACUUUCAAGCAAAGAUGAUACAGCAUUUGGGUCUAAUCCAGGCAGCACAACCUUGCUGGCGACAGCCGAGCUCUGCGGACGAUGUUCUGUACGAGGCAUCCUAUCAACACAAGCAUUACGGCUCAGGUUCACCUCCCUUGUGUAGCUGUCUUGACGAUACGUGCGAUGAAGUCUGUCAGGAAGCUCUAGACGCAAGCUGCAUGCUUCUAGGCUGUGCGCAGAACCAGAUCCAUCGACGUCGAGACUGCCUGGAAAACUCCAGUCCAACUAUACAGAUCGGGACCAUUGCUUCUGCGGAUACUGUGAUGAAAUCCGGUGAGUACCGCGAUCAGUUGAUCAAGUCAGAAGGCAUUAUUGGGUUUGAGAUGGAGGGUGCAGGGGUAUGGAACAACAUUUCAUGUGUCAUUAUCAAGGGGGUGUGUGACUAUGCAGACAGUCACAAGAAUAAGGCUUGGCAAGCAUAUGCAGCAGCGACUGGAGCCGCGACUGCAAAGGCUUUCCUAGAGUACUGGGACCCGACCUGGGACCCGAAUGUUCGGGAAGGAGCCAACGAAUUCUACAUCCCGCUGGACUUGACAGGAGUCCCUGCAAUUGAGGAGUUCAUCGGGCGGGAGGAAGAACUAUCUUGCCUAUGGAAGUAUCUACAACCGACGAACGCACGGAAGCAGAAGGUUGCUGUCCUCCAUGGUCUUGGUGGGAUUGGAAAAACCCAGCUAGCCAUUCACUUUGCACGAAAACACAAAGACGAUUUCACAGCGAUCUUCUGGCUAAGUGGCAAGGAUAGGUCUACCUUAGUCUCAUCUUUAAGCUCUUGCUUGCCUCGGAUACAACAUCUCCCCGCGGAUACCCAGGUGGCCAAUGAAGAGGAAGCCGAACAAAGAGCUAGGCAAGUACUCCUGUGGCUAGCAGACCCGGAAAAUACUAGAUGGCUUAUCAUCUUUGACAACACUGAUCAAUACUCUCCGGUGCAAGGCCACAAUGACUCCAAAUACGACGUCUACGAAUUCCUUCCAAAAGCAGACCAUGGAUCCAUCAUAAUUACUUCACGCCUUCAGGAAAUCACUGAAUUAGGGAAGCCGUUUCCGGUUCAGAGACUUUCGCACGAAGAUGCUACCCGGCUGUUGUUAAACUGCAGUGGCUUUUCACUUAAAGACAAUCUGCAAAAAGAGGCUGAGCAAGAUAUCGUUGAUCUUGCGGGCCAGCUUGACGGGCUCUCGCUAGCAAUUGUCAUAGCCGGAGCGUUUAUGCGUCAAACUGGAACGAAUGCCAAGGAAUAUAUGGAGCUCUACCGGACUUCCUGGUCCGACUUGCAGUCUCAAUCAGGUCCCACACGUCACUACCAACAAGGGAAUCUGAUACAGACGUGGAUGGUCACCUACAAAGAGAUCCAGAAAUGUGAUCCAACAGCCGCGGAACUCUUGCUCUUACUCGCCUUUUUCGAUAAUCGGGAUAUCUGGUAUGAACUGCUUCAAAGUGGUUUGAACUGUUCCAAGCUCCCACCAUGGUUCAAGAUGGUAGUGUCAAAUAAGUUGGUAUUCAAGGCCAAAGCCAAAGUCUUAGUUGGUUUCUCGCUGGUUGAAACCAAGCAGCAGAGUGGAAGCUACGCCCUGCACCCAGUGGUACAGGAUUGGUGCCACCACGUUGCAGAUUAUAAUGAUCUUACAAGCCACCUGCAUGAGCUGGCGCUGAUGUCUGUUGGGUAUAUGGUUCCAGGCAGCAACGUUAGAGGAUAUGCAGAGAUCCAGCAGCGGUUGCUUCCCCAUGCAAAUUAUCUGAACAGCAAAGAGAGGGACCAUUUGCAGAACGAUACGGUUGAUAUUUGCAAUGCUUUAGGCAGGAUAGGAUAUCUCUAUUCAAUUCAGGGGAAACUGAAAGACGCUGAGAAGAUGUAUCAGCGUGCCCUGGCAGGCUUUGAGAAAGUACUGGGCCCUGAUCAUAUAUCCACCCUUGAUACAGUCAACAAUCUUGGUCUUCCCUAUGUUAUCCAGGGCAAACUGAAAGAAGCUGAGGAGAUGCUCCAGCGAGCCCUGACAGGUAAUGAGAAAGUACUGGACCCUGAUCAUACAUCCACUCUUUUUACAGUCAACAAUCUUGGUUUUCUCUAUUCAGUUCAGGGGAAACUGAAAGACGCCAAGAAGAUGUAUCAGCGUGCCCUGGCAGGCUUUGAGAAAGUACUGGGCCCUGAUCAUAUAUCCACCCUUGAAACAGUCCAUAAUUUGGGGGUCCUCUACUCAAAUCAGGGGAAACUGAAAGACGCUGAGAAGAUGUAUCAGCGUGCUCUAGCAGGCUAUGAGAAAGUAAUAGGCCCUGAUCAUACAUCCACUCUUUUUACAGUCAACAAUCUUGGUUUUCUCUAUUUAAAUCAGGGCAAACCGAAAGACGCCGAGGAGAUGCUCCAGCGAGCCCUGACAGGCAUCGAAGGGGCAUUGGGUCCUGAUCACACAACCACCCUUAUAACAGUCCAUAAUUUAGGGACCCUCUACUCAAAUCAGGGGAAACUGAAAGACGCUGAGAAGAUGUAUCAGCGUGCUCUAGCAGGCUAUGAGAAAGUACUAGGCCCUGACCAUAUAACCACCCUUCACACAGUUCACGAUCUUGGUGAUCUCUAUCUCAGUCAGGGCAAAUUGAAAGACGCUGAGGAGAUGCUCCAGCGAGCCCUGGCAGGCUAUAAGAAGACUUGGCCUUCUCUUUUUCAGUCAGGGCAAAUUGAAAGACGCCGAGGAGAUGCUUCAGCGAGCCCUUCGAAGGGGUAUUGGGUCUUGACCAUUCGGAAACUCGUGCGGCCGCUGACAAUCUGUUGUCUCCUAAUACUCUUCAUGCUAAUCAAGAUAUACCGUGUCGCACGGGCACUGUCACCCUGGCUGCACCGGACUUACUCCUGA